UUGUUUGCUGAGAUAGGUGGCCAAGACCUGGAGCCACCAGCAUUCCUGCCAGAGCUUCUUAACACGCCUGAGAGAAUCUUGAAUAAUGCCACACUCUUCAACGGAGUCUUUCAAAAUGUGGAAAGUGUUGCAUUAUUUUUUGACUGCCUGGGUUCUCACUUCACCUGGUUACAGUCCAUCUUCACUAACUUCCCUGCCCUUCUCAACUUUGUGAACAAGAUGAAGUGUGUUACUGGGUUUUGCCCCAGGGAUUUUGAAGACUAUGGUUGCUCUUGCAGGUUUGAGAUGGAAGGGCUCCCCGUGGAUAAAGUUGAUGAAUGCUGCUUCCAGCACCGGAAAUGCUACGAGGAAGCACUGGAGAUGGAGUGCACAUGGGACGCAUCAAAGAUUUCUACAGAUGUCAGCUGCUCUACUGAAAACCUGACCUGUGAGUCUGGGGAUCCCUGUGAACAGUUCCUCUGCACCUGUGACAAAGAUGCCAUUGAAUGCCUUGUGAAUGCACAUAUUAACUCUUCCCUGAAUGGGCUGGAUGUCUCCUUCUGUCCAUCUCCAAUUACAGAAACAAUCAGCAACAGAGAGCUGACAACACGUCAUACAGAAGAGCUCCUUCAUCGUGGGACUGAUGAAACAUGGGCAGUGACUGCAUCUGUGGAAGAAGUGAUUUCUUUUGAGCCCGGUGAAAUGAUCUUGGUGACUCCCAAAGCCAGAGUAACCACGAGGGACCACAGAGGAACAGCUCCUGCUCCUCCCAUCCUGUCGAUAAAAGAAGAAGAUGGAUUUAUGGCAGCUGUGGCCCCAGUGGAAGUGAUAACCACCUCCCCAGCCUCAUUCCCAGGAGAUAUUAACUCCAUGCAAGUCAAAAUUGUCCCCACCGAGAAGAUUUCCACAGGCACAUCUGCAAGGACAAAAGAAAAAGAGACAAGUCCUGCAAGGGGUGGCCCAAGCAUAGCUUCCUCUGCAAUAGCUCUGGAACCAGGACUGUCUGACAGGGGACCCAAUGAACCUGCAGGAAAAGUGUGUGAGCGAUUAACCUUUCUGCAAGAGAGGGGAAGUGGAAGAGCGAAGAGGGAGCUGCCCCAGCUUGGAGAAAUGCUGUUCUGCUUAACUGAGCGAUGCCCAGAGGAAUUUGAGUCUUAUGGUUGCUAUUGUGGCCAAGAGGGAAGAGGUCAUCCCAGCGAUGCACUGGACAGAUGCUGCUUCUCUCAUCACUGUUGUAUGGAACAAGUUAAGAAACUUGGAUGUCAUGCAGAAAGAAGAUCCAGAUCUGAAGUAUUAUGUAUUGAUCAUAUGCCAAAAUGCAUUGGUUGGAGCAUAUGUGAGAAACUCCUCUGUGCUUGCGACACGGCGGCGGCCGAGUGCAUGGCCUCUGCCUUCUUCAACGAGAGCCUGAAGCUUCCACAUGGGCGGGAGUGCCGGGAGGAGAAAGCCUUCUGUCAAAGUGACCCUUAUGAAAGGCCCCCAAUAGGCACAGAAACAGGCACAGGUGUUUCCAGCUCUGAGGAGAGCAGUGAAGAGGAGGGUCCACUGCGGAGACAAUUAAGAAGAGCAAAGAGAGGGACACGCCGUUCCGUUGGGAACUCCAGAACUGUGGGACGUGGAGGCAGAUAACCAGCCACCUUCAUGGGCUUGGGAAGCACCACGGAGCCUUUUGCAGUCAGCCACCAUGUACCUUACUCCUCCUUACCCUCUACAGGCUGCCUUACACAGCACACAGAUGAUGUAAUCAUAGACUAGGUAUUAGAGUUAGGCUGUAUUAACUCAUUACUGUAGGGAGGUCAGCACUACAGACCAUCUAUCUAGGUCAGAUACAACACUAAAUAAUUAUUUGACAGUGUUCUGUAUAAUUUCACUUGAUUUUUAUGUAAAACCUGUUCUGAUCACAGACUGAUUUUUGUUAACUGUGUGCUUGGUUCGGAUUAAAUCUUGCUGAUGGUGGCUAAGUAUUUCAUGUUUUUAAUUAAACCAAUCUGCAACUACUGCAA